ACUUGACAACACUCCGCAUCCAAAAGGCGAGCACGAAGACCACGACUGCGACGAUACCUGGCAUCCGGGUGCUAGCGAACCGAAUUGAGCUUGACUGCGACCUGAUAUUGACCGUCACUGGCCUAUCUGCCCACGAACUGCCCCCACUUUGCUGUCACCGCCAGACCAACAAACAAAGGGGUUUCCGUCGCGAAGACGAAACGAACACGCCGCACCACGAACGACGAGUCGGGAAAAACACGGCGGAGGCUAGCUGAUAUUGAGAUCUUCGAAUGCAUCUAAAAAGAUGACGGAUUCUCUUCAUAACGCGCCCAUUGUCCUCGACAAUGGCUCCGGCACGAUCCGCGCCGGUUUCGCGGGCGACGACCUACCGAAGUGCUACUUCCCCUCGUUCGUUGGCCGUCCCAAGCACCUGAGAGUGCUCGCUGGCGCUCUCGAGGGCGAGGUCUUCAUCGGGCAGAAGGCGGCGACGGAGCUCAGGGGCCUGCUGAAAAUCAGGUACCCGUUGGAGCACGGCAUUGUGACGGACUGGGACGACAUGGAAAAAAUCUGGGAAUACGUGUACGGCGAAGGACUCAAGACGCUUAGCGAAGAGCACCCCGUCCUCCUGACUGAGCCCCCCCUCAACCCUCGCAGCAACCGCGACACCGCGGCUCAAAUCCUCUUCGAAACCUUCAACGUCCCCGCCCUGUACACAUCAAUCCAGGCCGUCCUGUCAUUAUAUGCCAGCGGUCGGACGACGGGUAUCGUCCUUGACUCGGGAGAUGGUGUGUCGCACGCGGUGCCAGUGUACGAGGGGUUCGCCAUGCCGAGCAGCAUCCGACGGAUAGACGUGGCCGGACGCGAUGUGACGGAGUACAUGCAGACGCUGCUGCGCAAGAGCGGCUACGUUUUCCACACGAGCGCCGAGAAGGAGGUUGUGAGGCUCAUCAAGGAGUCCGUCACGUACGUGGCGCAAGAUCCGAGGAAGGAGGAAAAGGAGUGGGCCAACAGGGCGGACCCAGCCAAGGGCGUAGAAUACGUCCUCCCAGACGGACACAAGCUCAAGAUCGGCGCGGAACGCUUCAGGGCGCCGGAGAUUCUCUUCGACCCCGAGAUCAUCGGCCUCGAGUACCCCGGCGUGCACCAGAUCGUCGUCGACGCUAUCAACCGGACGGACCUCGACCUGCGCAAGUCCCUGUACAGCAACAUUGUGCUCUCUGGUGGCAGCACGCUGACGAGGGGCUUCGGCGACCGGCUGCUGACGGAGCUGCAGAGGCUGGCCGUCAAGGACAUGAGGAUAAAGAUCUUUGCGCCGCCCGAACGCAAGUACUCCACGUGGAUCGGAGGCAGUAUCCUGGCUGGUCUCAGCACCUUCCGUAAAAUGUGGGUGAGCAUCGACGACUGGCACGAGAACCCGGAUAUCAUUCACACCAAACUUACGUGAUACGUGUUUCUUGGUUUUUGAUCAUGUUUCGAUGAAAGCGAAUUCUAGACGGUGUUUCCGCCCCCACCCUGUCCAUGCUGGCAGAUCUAGAGCUGCAUUUCCUCCAGCCUCUCUGUCAGCUGUCAGUGACACAAGGAGGGUGCGAACGGAUGAGAAGCUUAGACGUCACGAGUCGAAAAGGAGAGUGAGAGGACUGGCUAGAUUCGAGAUUUACCCCGGAAAAGAGACGGUCUCCGCAGGGCCGGUGUUUUAGGCAAAGGCAGCAUGUUGAGGUAAUGAGUCAGCUAGAAGUUGAGAAUGAUACCCAAAUCUGUUGCCUCGUUGGCGCACAUGUUUCCACACAUAAGAAGCUGUUCCUACACCUCGAGUAUAUGCUCCGGACCGGUGCAUUAGGGACUGGGCAUCUAUCUGGCAGCGAAAGGAGGUUUGAGAUUUCCUCCGUCCAUAAAGGAACAUUGCUUUUUCCUCCCCUCGGCCCUAUAGCCCCGUUCUAGAUUGCAACCUUGUCUUACCUAUCGCACCAGUGCCCGGCGUCGAAAUGGGCAUGUUUGCUUUUCCACUCUUAUCUUUCUGUAAUUGCCUUAUCUCGAAAUGCUUGCUUCUGAACUGACGCCCGCUCAUCCUCCUAUAGACGUUUGAAGCCCGUGCGUGCUCUGCCAAUCCUCGGCCAUGUCGUCGGCAUGCCUAGGGACGCUUCCCGUCAAGAUGGAGCCAAUGGAGAGGCCUCUUUGUUGGUCGACCCCAGGCAUAUUGCGCCGAGUAGGUGUCGAGAUGCUCGUGCGUACCUGGCGUCGCUACGCCGCUGAUAUCAAGAUUUGUGCUUGCGGGCGUCGAGACGGGUACUCGCAAGAAACUUGGCGACAGGAGCGGAGGGGUUUGAUUGAGUGUUGCGUGAACCGGCUCAUCGCAUUUUGGCCACACACAUCCCACUCAAUAUCUCUCCUCUCGGCGCGAAGAGUCGUAUACGGGAAUUCGAAACCCCAAUAGCAACAACCGUCUCCUUUGCUUGCGUGUUCUGCAUGGAUGGCUUGACCGGUCGUGUGUAGCAAGCACAAGUCGGAUGUAACUGGAGGAAACUAUUGGAAUGAUGAACAGUCCUCCAAAAAAAAGCAGAGGCAACGGUUGCUCGCAAGCGCGAUCAUUCCGAAACCGAU